UAAAAGAAAUUACGGGAAUUAUGUUUUUUAUUUGUUGCGCUGUUGCACUGUUUCAGUUGACUUAUGCACAAGUCUUGUAUCCGGAACGUUUUCCAAUCGAUAAAGAGAAGUCUAAUCUGGCAGGACGUAUCCCGCUUUACUCACCAUCUCGUUGUAAACAAAAUGAGUUACUCUAUCCAGGAGAUCAUGCAGACGAUUGGAUUUGUGAUUGUGCGCCAGCUUCACUUUACUAUCCCGACUCGGACGCUUGCCAUCCAGCGUUCCGGCGUGGUCCCUGCGAAGAUGAGUAUAUGCUUGUAUUGGCGCCCGGUGCAACCAUACCGCAAUGCAUAAAAAAUGAUUGUAAAGUCGAUGGUCAAGUGAAGAUUCAUCAAAUCUGCCAUGAGAUUGGAAGUGCCGCACCAUGUAAGAACGCGCAUUUAUCAUAUGUGCUUGGAGUGAAUACGAAGACGCUUAUGUUGGAUUGCGUUAGGUUGUCUGUUGCUGUUAAAACGCGUGUAGAGUUAGAAGAUGGUGAUGAACCGCUAUAUGAUCUCAGUAAAAUUGAGAUGUGUGCUAGGGGUACUAAACGUUCGAUUGAAGGCACUUGCACCCCAAACGCCAAUUGAAAACGGAAUGGUAAUAGGUAGCUUCCAGCUUACGCCAGCAAUUUACCAUCCGAAUUUGGGAGCUAUAAACAUGUUUCUAAUAAUUCAUAUGUGUAUUUUAAGGACACUUUACUUCGCUUAUUUAAGAACUAAAUUUAAAUGUACAUAAAUUAUGUUAAAUACAAAAAUAUACAUUUUGUGUACCGCUUUAAA